UCAAUGGUGAGCGCGUCCAGCCCCGCAGCAGAGGAAGAAGAAGAAGCAGCAGCUGCAGCAGAAGGAGGAGGAGGAAGACAGUAGUCUGUGCGCUCUCAGGUGAAUCCGCGCGUUCCCUCACCUGGAUUCUGGUCUCGCGCUUCUCCCCCCCGCGGCCCCAUGGUGUCUCCGGCGCAGCAGCUCGUGCUCGCCUUCACCGCCGCGCUCUGCUGCUUCAUCGUGGUGCCCCGGAUGUUCGGCAGCGGCGCGCGAGAGGAGCGCGCGGCGGCACGCAAAGGUCCGCCACUGACCCCCGGGGGUCUGAAGGGCGCGCUCCCGCAGCCACCUCAGGCCUUCAGCAGCGCGGAGAACAUGCAGCAGAUGAAGAAGCUAAUGGAGCAGGAGUUGCGCAGCGACAAGUACAAAUCCAACAGCAAAGGAUACGUCUUUACCCUCAUGCCCCUCUACGCCAUCGGGGUGGGCAUAUUUGCUGCAUACAAGUUCCUUAAGAUAAAGUCGGCGGAGGAUACCCGGGCCCAGAAAGAGAAAACCGCCAGAGGCAUCAAGAAGUCAGAGGAAACUGAGAAUCAGCUGAAUGAACUGGAGCAGCGUUUGGCUCAGACAGAGAAAAUGCUAAACUCUAUACUGACCCAACUGGACCCACUGACCAACUGUGUGAAGUCGGUGGCAAUGGAGCAGAAGAAUGAGAUCAUGUCGCAGCUGCAGUGUAUCAGAGACCUGAUGAAGAAACGAGGCAUGCAGUGUCCACCCACCAACACCACGGAUGCAGCGUGUGAACGAAACCUUGACAACCUCAUCGAGUCGCUAACGGCAAUGGAAACACUCGGGCAGCGGAAACCACACACACACCCACCUCAAACACUGCGCACCACAGAGGAGCAAGAGGAAGACAAAGAGAUGGAAGAAGAAGAGCAUGAGGGACAGGGCGAAGAGGAGGAUGAGGGGCAAUGCGAAGAGGAGGAUGAGAGGAGGAGUGGAGUGGAGGACGGGUGUGAGAGCGACUCCAGCAUGCCCUCAUUGGAGGAGUUGGAGGUAGUGGGCGUGGUUCAGAAAGUACCAGAUGAGCUGGGGGCGGGGCUACGCAGAAGAAACCGACCUGACUGAGGGUGAAGAAGCUGUUAAAGUGAUAGUUUGUAGUCAAUCUGCCGAGGCGGGUUUGAUUUCUGUUAGCUUCUUUAAUUUCACACUAAAGCUGCGAGUGCUAGUGGAGUAUAAGCUUUAUUGCUGGUUAGCUACAUUAGCCUCAAAGCUCCAGUGCUAAUUUAAAUGCGUUUUGGCUGAUUGAUUCUAUGUUAAUUCUGUUAUUGAGACAAACUAUCGCUUUAAAUGUGACCUCACCGAACCUUGUGUAUUUGUUUAUUUAUGUAUUUAUUUAUUUGAUAUUACACUAAAGAUAGGUUUUUAUUGAAUUGUCUGAACUGAACCAUGCCUCAGCAGUCUAUGCGGUAUGAAAUGCUUCGGGCUGAGUACAGAGGCAUGAACAUGCUUGAGUAAGUGGGCGGAGUUAAGAGCGUGGGUGCAUGUGCGGUCUUUGCUCUGCAUGUGUGUUUUUUAACCCUUUGCAUAACUGCAUGCCGGUAACUGAAGGAGUGAAGGACAAUCAGGAUGGUGGAGUUUGGUAUGCGGGACGGUGGGCUACCUCAUUAAAGUGAAAGUGCAUGUAAACAAAAUAUUGUAAAUGGUAUGAUCAAAAUCCUUAUAUUCUGAGUUUUUUUGCUACAAGCCUGUAUAAAUAUAAAGAUCUGCUCAUGUCCAUCA